AUGGUAUCCGAUAAGAAUAUCCAGUCCCUCCAUUCUUGUUUAACUUCCCCUGUUCAAAUUGUUGCUGGUGAGAACCUUUUCCAUCUGGGGUACGCAGACGACAUCGCCUUCAUAGUUGAAGGCGAAGGUGAAGCACAAUCCAUGUUGAAUAAACUGACCACCCUCAUCCAAUCUUUUGACAUGCGUGGCUUACCUUCAGAGUGCAAGACUAUACGAACUCAGGUCUACGUGUCAGAAGAGGUGGGUAGUAAAAACUACGGGCACACCGCCACCUUGAGAACGGUUGACCAUAGUCCAUAUCCAGUGCGGCUGAAUCAACUAAACCCGACCAAGAAAUAUCCCAGGUCCGAAAGUGCCAGUUGUGCACAACAACAUCCGGACAUACCAGGCCUCCACUCUUCCUUGAAGGCAGGGUCCAACGGAAGACAAGCCGACUUCAUAGUUAUCGGGUACUGCGGCUUACGAUUCACAACCAAGGGCGAGAUGGCUCAAGUAGUUAGAGCCACGGAAGGCUUUGACAACCUGGCAGUAUCCCAUCCCUCGUGCUUCCUACGGGUGGCAUGGCAGCUAGGCGCCGAAAGGGUGUUACAGCUGAACUCAACCAACUGUUUUGGUGAAUUCUGGAACAACGGGACUCCAUGGCUUGUUAACUUCUAUGCCCCAUGGUGUGGACAUUGUCGUCGACUUUCACCCGUCUACACCGAAGUCAGCCAAACACUUUCUGAAAUUGCCCCUUCUACUCGGGUCGCAAGGUUAGACGCCUCAUCUCAUCGUGAUAUUGCAAAGAAGUUUCAAAUCAAUGGUUUCCCGACACUCAAAUUUUCAGUGUGGACUUCCAUCGUUAUCCGUGAACCGUUCCAGUGUUUAUUUGGUCAUAUCUUACUCCACGUUCGUCUUUUCUUCAACCAGGUCGCAUUUUACGAAGCUGCAGAGCGUUUUCGUCUGCUCACGUGGUUUCUUACCGUGGUUCCAGAUGUCCUACCCGAACGGUUCACGGCACUGUGUCAAGUCACUGGUCCAAUCGAUGAACGGUUGGUCGUCUUCAAGGAUGGCACUUGUUUGGCCUACUCGGAACCGCCGGCCUCUGACAAGUCCACAGUGACCGAACAUGUGUCGGACUGGAUUUUACGUGAACGCUAUCCGUCCUUUCAGGAACUGCAUUUGUCAUCUUUAUGGGAAUUUGGCGAGGCUGAAAUCGCAGCGUCCAAAUCACGCAUUUAUCGCCUGGUUGCUCUGUUCCUUCUACCCCAAUCCUACCAGACUGACUCUAACUCAAGGAGGCUUUUUGAAUUGGGACAGUCUUUGGCCCAGCAACGGCUGAAACAUCUUUCCAGAUAUCGAUUCGCUUGGACAGAGGCAUACGCAGCCCUGGGCGAUCUGGCUAUGGUCAAUUUGUCGGCACCCAGUAUGGUUGUCGUGGACCCUGUGACCCAGGUGAUCUACCUGAAUCCAAAUCAGUCAUUGCUUGGUGGCCUGUUCACACUUGAGCCCGAAGUUGUGGUCAGCUUUUUGCUGGCUGUCUCAGAAGGCCGUGUUCAG